CUUUCCCUUAAUUUCGUUGUUUCUCCCCUUCUCCCCCUUCCCUCUCCCUAUCUCAUGGACCCCCUCUCCCCCGUCGACAGAGCACUAUUUUACCGUUUCGGAUUCGGUCCAAAACGUCCCAUCCCAAUCCCCAUCGUCCACCACUCCUUUGAACAUUAUGCACGCACUCAACCACACGCUAUCGCUGUAGAAGAUCCCGCUUUAUCCACCAUCACUUAUCACGACCUUGACCUCAAAGCCAACCGCCUUGCCCACCGUUUACGAGCCGCAGGAAUCAUUCCCGGGAAAAGAGUAUGUAUACUGGCAAAAAGAAACAUCCCUUUCGUCGUCGCCAUCGUAGCUGUUUUGAAAAGUGGUGGUCAAUACGUACCGCUUGAUGCUGUUACCAUCACAGACGACACUCUACAGUUUGUCUUGGAAGACUCCAAUCCAACUGUGGUACUCACUGUACAAGAAUUUUCUCAUCGUGUACCAAGCGCUGUCGUUUUAGAGGAGGUCAUUGACGAAGACGAAAAAUCCAAUGCCAAUUCGUCCAAGGUCGAAGACCUCACAAGUCCUGAAGAUGGUGCUUAUUGUAUCUACACCUCCGGUACAACAGGUCGUCCCAAAGGCGUAGACGUCAAACAUAUUGGUGCCGCCAACGUCAUCUCUGGUCCUCCAGCAAACAUUGGCAUGGCCCCAGGUCUCCGUGUCGCUCAACUCCUCAACAUCGCCUUCGACAUGGGCGCGUGGGAAAUUCUUGGUUCUCUUUACAACGGUUGCACCCUCUGUCUUCGCGGCAAUUCAUCUGCCGCUUGGGCUUCCCUCCUCAAAACUGUCGACAUCGUCAUCUCAACCCCUUCCAUCCUCACCCGACACCAUCCAUCCUCUUACCCAAACAUCAAAGCUGUUAUCGUAGGCGGUGAACCGUGUCCACAAUCCUUGGCUGAUACGUGGGCCGAGUAUACCGACUUCCACAAUUGCUGUGGGCCUACGGAGAUUAGUAUCUGUAAUACGGUUCAAAAGCAUACGGUUGGGUAUCCUCUGUCUAUUGGGAAACCGAUUCCGAAUACGAAUGUGUACAUUCUCCAUCCCGAGACCUGCCAACCGAUGCCGGUUGGCGAGGCAGGGUGUAUGUGGGUCGGUGGGAUCGGUGCGAAUCUUACAUCGUAUUUGAAUCUACCGGAGAGAACCUCAGAGAGGUGGAGGGAGGAUCCGUUUGUGGAUGCUGACGGUGCAAGGAUGUUCAACACGGGUGAUUUAGGACGGUGGAGGAAAGAUGGUCAAUUGGAUCAUAUGGGGAGGGUGGAUGAUCAGGUCAAAGUCAAAGGGUUCAGAGUGGAAUUAGAUGGUGUUGGUACUGCUAUGCGACGCCACCCGCCAGUAACAAACGCCCUAGCCCUCCUUUUACCACCUGGAGAUCUUUGGGGUUUCGUCACUCCCUCCACCGUCUCCAUACCUGCUGUCGAAGCUGCCACGAAAGAGAUACAACCGUACUACGCUGUACCUACCAAAUGGUUAGCAUUGGAUGACUUUCCGAUGACGAAGAAUGGAAAGGUGGAUAAGAGGGCCUUGGGUGCACUUGUCCUUCCUCUACCCACGGACGCACCCUCAGUGUCACCUGCAGACAUGACCACUCCCACGCGUUCGAGUUCUCUUGAAACCGAGGGGAGCGCGGAAAGUGGAAGUGGAAGCGAAGACAGCUCCGACGUCUUGGCUACGCCCAGGGGAGAUUGUGACGAACCAGAGUACAUGUUUGAAGUGCCACCUGAAGGGACAGAGGGGAUGGAUCCGGAAGCUUUGUCGUUACCGUCAUUGGAGGAGAAACUCGGUUCGACCUCGUCGUUGCAGGGAGAUGUAUUCAAAAAGUUGAGGAUUGCGUGGGCAGCCUAAAGGGAGGACCCGGACUAGUCAUUAUUCUGAACGCUUGUUUUCAUUGGACUUUUUGAUUUCGUACAUAUCUAUCACUGGUACUCUCGUCUGGGAUUUUCAAGCUAUCUUACCUUUAGGUCCAUGUAAAUCAUUUUUAUUAGCCUUAGUAUGCUUGCUCUUUUCUUUGAUGUUUUUGUUGUUAUCUCUACAAUCCCUCCCUCGUUUGUCAUCCAUUUACCAUAUGGAAUCCGCUCUUUAUCUCGUUGUACACGUCGUUACUCGUAAUUAGUACCUCCUUUCCUUCCGCUUUACAACAUAGGUACAAGCAGCGGGGUAGGGUAUAUGUUACGCCACUAUAUACAUAAUUAAAAGAUCCUGUUAGCGU